AUGAACAACAACGACAGUGGUGUAAUUCCCCCCAACGACAAUGGUGUAACUCCCCCCGGCGACAAUUCUACUGGAGGCGCGAGCCCCACGGGUGACGACAUUAACCCCGUGAUGUCGGUCGCACCUCUUCGCCUCCCGCCUUUCUGGAAGGUCAACCCGACCGUGUGGUUUAUCCGGAUCGAGGCGGCCUUCAACAACCACAGGAUCCGCGCGGACUCAAGCAAGUUCGACUACGUCGUCGCUGCCUUGGAUGACGCCACGGUGCAGGAAAUCGCUGACGUUCUCAUGGCACCUCCAGCUGAGGGCAAGUACGAUUUCCUUAAGGCCGAAAUUUUUAAGCGCAUGACAGACAUGGCCGAUCAGCGUCUCCGCAAGCUGCUCACGCAGCUCGAGCUGGGCGACCAGAAGCCGUCACAGCUCCUGCGUCACAUGAAAGCUCUCGCGGGCACCGCGGUCACCGACGAUGCCAUCAGGGUCCGGUGGUUCGACCUCCUGCCGCCGUCCGUGGCACGCUCCCUCCGGGUCGUCAAAUCAACCCCGCUGGAUGAGCUGGCGUCUCUGGCCGACGAGCUGAUCCAGGACUACCCGCACGUCGCCGCGGUUCACCCUCAAGCGACCAAGCCCCAGACGGCUGGUCAGUCUUCUGCGCCGACCGUGGAGUCCCUGGCCAAGGAGAUGGCGUCGCUGCGUCAGUCCGUCGCGCAGCUCCUCAACAUCGCUAAGCGACAACCGGAAGGCCAGCAACGUGGCCGUUCAACCACGCAGUCGCAAGGCGGCCCCCGAAGCAGGUCAAACACGCCAAACCGAGACCCCAACGACCCGUGGUGCUGGUACCAUCGCACCCUGGGGAACAACGCUCGCAACUGCAGGCCACCCUGCAACUUCACCCCGUCGAACCAGGGAAACGAGUAG